AUAAACAAUAUGAAAGCAGAUUCGAAAAGAACACUACGUUUGAGUUUUCGAUCAGACCGUUAACGCAGUAUAAUGUUUUGAAAAAUAGCUGUAAAUUAAGAUAAAACAAAAUUUGUAUCGUAAUGGAGACGAUUUUCAAGUUCUUCCGCAAAAAUUAUGUGCUGGCCAACUGCGAGAAUGCCAUCAUCAAAAAGGCCUUCUCGUUGAAUCUUUCUCACUACCAAAUUUCUGAGGCACCCGAAAUAAUUGGCAAAUGCGAAAGUUUGAUAAAGCUUUUUCUGAAUCAGAACAAACUAACAAAGGUUCCCUCCACCAUUACCAAUCUCGUGCGGUUGCAAGUUUUGGCCUUGGAUUACAACAAGCUGGAUGAAUUUCCACUGGCCAUCUGUCAACUAGUGCAACUGAAGUCCCUCAACAUAAGCUGCAACAACAUCCAUCGCCUGCCCCCGGAAUUGGGCUACCUAACGCAGUUGGAGACCUUCUGGUGCAACAACACAGGGCUCCUGGAACUACCGUCGGAGAUCGGAAACUGCGAGCGUCUCGAGAUACUGGGAGUGCGUGGAAAUCGCCUGACAAAGCUACCCUCGUCGGUCGGAUCACUCGCAUCACUGCGCUGGUUCACGGCCGAAGGCUGUCAGCUGCGCGAGGUGCCCCUAUCAUUCGCACUGUUGGGCAGCUUGGUGCACCUCAAUCUGAGAGGCAAUCGUCUCAAACGGAUUCCAGGAGUGCUAGUUGCGAUGGAGAAGUUGCGGUUCGUAUUUCUCAACGAGAACAUAAUCGACGAACUGCCUACACGCUUCCAAUUGCAAGAGCUGCGUUUUCUGGAAAUGCUCAACUUGAAAAGGAAUCCAAUCUGUCUUCAUCAGGACUUGCAGGUUCUUGCAGUGCGCCAAACAAACAUCUACAUGGAACUGCCGGAGCAUCUAAUGGAUGCAGCCGAUGAGUUUGCCGCUGAAUGUUCAAAUAGAGAUCAGCAUCAAGACCACCAGGCCGGUACUGAUGAUACGGAGACGUCAGACUGGGCUAACAGCGCGCGAACCAGCCAGCUGGACACCACAGACGAGAGCUCGUUGGAGAACAGACUUGAAGAUUUGAGCGUAAUGCUGCCAGCGAUGUCGCGUUAUAUCACAUCCUUUUGAAGUUUGAAGUAUGAGCUUGUCAGUAUUACACAGCACGCAUAAAUGUGUUAUUUAUUGUUUGGA